UUUAGGUUUAGGGUUUUUGUAAGGCGAGUGAGUGUGUAAUUUUCUUCCUCUCCGCGAAGCCAGCCGCUUGGUAGACAGGAGAAACAUGAAGACCAUUCUUUCUUCCGAGACGAUGGACAUCCCCGAUGGGGUUAGCGUCAAAAUAAAAGCCAAGGUUAUCGAAGUUGAGGGUCCCAGGGGUAAGCUCAUCCGCGACUUCAAGCACCUCAACCUCGACUUCCAUCUCAUUAAGGACGAGGAGACCGGCAAGCGUAAGCUCAGGAUUGAGGCUUGGUUCGGCUCCAGGAAGACUAGCGCCGCCAUCCGCACCGCUCUCAGCCACGUCGAGAACCUCAUCACCGGCGUCACCAAGGGAUACCGUUACAAAAUGAGGUUCGUCUAUGCUCACUUUCCCAUCAACGCCUCCAUCACUAACGCCAACAAGUCCAUCGAGAUCCGUAAUUUCCUUGGCGAGAAGAAGGUGCGCAAGGUGGAUAUGUUGGAAGGGGUUUCCAUAGUUCGAUCUGAGAAGGUGAAGGAUGAGAUUGUUUUGGAUGGUAAUGAUAUUGAACUUGUGUCACGAUCAGCAGCUUUGAUAAAUCAGAAAUGCCAUGUGAAGAACAAGGAUAUUAGAAAGUUCCUCGAUGGUAUCUAUGUUAGUGAGAAGGGAAGGAUCGCCGAAGAGGAAUGAAUGAUAGGGUUAUCUCUUGAGACAUAGUUGUAGUUCUGCUUUAUUGAGAACUUGGUUUUUGUUUUGACUUGAAUUCAACUGCGGAGUACAAGGAUGUUAUCUUUAUUUAUUGUUGAGAAAAUUUUGAAUCUUUUGUUUGAA